AUGCAAGACACUAUUGGAAUUCCUGCUUGCUUCUCCGCCGCCGAUGACCACACGGCGGUAACAAGGUCAGGGCAGAGUCUUUUCAUGUCCGUAUACCGAACAAAGAUCGCCGAUCAGUGCCGCUCAAUCACCAUUACUUGGUGCAAGAAUCUGUUACUCCAUGGCCUGUCAGUAUCGGUGGAAAGCCCGAACAGAGAAAGCCAGUAUACCUGCAAAGUUGAGCUGAAGCCAUGGUACUUCUGGAGAAAACAAGGCUCCAAGCGAUUUAUUUUGGAAGGUAAAGCUGUUGAUAUCUUCUGGGAUCUUAAGGCUGCAAAGUUCAAUGGCGAAACAGAGCCGAGCUCAGAGUAUUAUGUUGCAGUUGUUUGCGAUGAAGAGGUUGUGCUUCUCCUUGGGGAUCUAAAGAAAGAUGCGUACAAGAAGACUGGCUGUAGGCCGGCUCUUAUUGAUCCCAUCUUGGUUUCAAAAAAGGAGCACAUAUUUGGUAAGAAAAGGUUUUCUACAAGAAUCAAAUUCCACGAGAAAGGUAGCUUUCAUGAAGUCUCAAUUGAGUGCAAGAACAAAAGCAGUGGAAAUUGUUUGAAUGGGGUUGAGCCAGAGAUGGAGAUUAGAAUUGAUGGGCUUUUGGUGAUUCAUGUCAAGCAUCUUCAGUGGAAAUUUAGAGGUAAUGAGUCUAUACAUGUCAACAGAAUGAGAGUGGAGGUAUAUUGGGAUGUGCAUGACUGGCUCUUUAGUCCUGGUUUAAGGCAUGCCUUGUUUAUUUUUAGGCCAAUUCAGUCAUCUAUAUCUCUGUCAUCGCUAUCAUCUUCAUCGUCACCACCUCUGUCUUCGCCAUUGUCAUCUCAGACAGAGAGUUCUGUGUCAUUUGAAGGGUUUAGUGCAAGUGGGUCAUCUGAGUUUUGCUUGUUUCUUUAUGCCUGGAAGGUUGAAUGA